UUCUUGUCCUGAAGCUUUUCAACAUCGGUCGCAACUUUUACCUCUGUUGAACCAGCAAUGUAGCCUGCACGCGCGCAAAGGAGCAUUUUUUUGUGAUAUUUUAACUGGACAGUUUUGUUUCGGGAGCUACAGAGAGCGCAGUUUUGUUGGGCUGCUCUGGUGUUGUGUGGUUGUGCGGGAUCCGGUGACCGCCGGGGCAGACAGGCCACCAUGCUCCGGCCGUGGACUGCACAGUGGAUCGCGGCUGUGCUGCUGUGUCGGGCGGUGGCACAGUACUCCAGCGAUCAGUGCAGCUGGCGAGGAAGUGGUUUGAGCCACGAGUCCCAUCGCAGAGAUGUGGAGCAGGUCUACCUUCGCUGUUCUCAGGGAUCUCUAGAAUGGCUCUACCCAACAGGGGCCAUCAUUGUCAACCUGAGACCAAACAUAGAGUCUUCAUCAGGCCACAUGUCAGGUCUCCAUGUGUGCGUAAAACCUCAAGUUUACUCUCAGGGUUCUCAUGUUUACCUGGAGCAUGCAGGGGAUCUGAGGCUGCUGCUGGCAGAAAAGGACCAGGCUCAGGGAACAGUGCAUUGUUUCAGUCUGGCAGAGGGGGCACUAUUUGUGGAGGCAAUCCCACAGACAGACAUCAGCCGGCGGAUCACAGCUUUCCAGUAUGAGCUGGUGCCCAGUCAGCAGCCAGCAGCACAUAUGUACCCAUACCUGCACCCUGGUUUAGUUGCCUGUAAACCCUGUUCAGAUGAAGAGGUCCUCAUGGCUGUGUGUACUAGUGAUUUUGCUGGCAGUGGCAUCUUAAGAGGUGUGGCAUCAGGUACUAACAAGCACUCCCCGGUGACAGUGACUCUGAGACGACUGUUUCGCCAGAAGAGUGGGGUGUUUGCUUGGGGUGGAGCCAGAGGACGGAGUUGGAGUGGUCGUAUCAAUGUUCCUGUGCAGUGCGGUGUGCGUCCAGGAGAGGAUGAGUACCUUUUGACUGGCUCUGUCCAUUUUGGAGAAGCCUGGCUUGGCUGUGCACCUCGCUACAAAGACUUUGUGAAGCUGUACAUCAAAGCACAAGAUGCAGGAACAAACCCAUGUCAGAUAGACACAAACUGAGAGCUCUUCACAGCUCUGAUUUAAAGCAAGGACUGCUUCUUAAGAGUCAGCAAAAAAAAAAAAAAAA